AUGGAGGUCCUUAAGAAAGGCAACAAAAGCAAGGGUAAGAAGAUUGCAUUAACAACAAUUCCAGAAAUAACCCCUGAGAAUUUGCAUGCACUUGGACCUUGUUUUUACAAAAUUAUUGUUGCUCCUUCAACUCAAAUUCACAACCUAAAAAUACCCGAAAAAUACGUGAGGACGUAUUAUGAAGAGCAAUUAGCAAAUGAUUACGUUAAACUAAGCGUAAAUGAUGGUAAAGUUUGGAGAGUAGAGUUGUUUAAAGAAGGUGGCAAAGUGUGGCUAAGCAAAGGUUGGGAAUGCUUUGUGAAGAACUAUUCACUUAACUAUGGUUACUUCCUUCUCUUUAGAUAUGAUGAGGUCAAGUAUGAAUACCGUGUCACUAUUUUCGACACGACUUGUUUCGAAAUAGAGUAUGAUCAAGAGUUCGAUAAUCAUACUAAGGAUCAAGAAGUGAUAAAAAUUUCACCACAAGAAGAGGAGGUGGAUCAAGAUGACAAUGAUGAUUAUGGAGUCACUUUAGCAGAUGCAAAGAUUGUAGUUGUGGAUGAUGAAAACAACACAAGUGUUACAGAAAGUCUUGAAGCUUUCAAAUCAGAAAAUCCUCAUUUCAAAGUUGUCAUGGAAUAUCCGAAAAUGAAUCUUCUAACAAAAAAACAGCCAAAAUUGGGUGUUCCAUUUGCCUAUGCCAGAGUAUUUUUUAACAAUAAAAAUAGACGGAAUUUAAUUUUAAAAGGACCCGAUGAUGAAAAGAGCUAUAAUUUAAGGUCAUAUUACUACAAGUUAAAUUAUUCGGCGAGUAUUAUUGGAUCUGAAUGGCGAACUUUUGUAAGGGACAAUAAGCUACACGUAGGAGAUACUUGUGUUUUCGAGCUCGUCGAUGGUAAUAGCAAUACUUAUAAGGCUACCAUCUUUCAUGAUCCGAACCACUAA